GCCAUCUGUUAUUUACUUGACGAGACCCGCGUCAUUGAUGUGCCCUGAACGACGGAAUCCUCAAUUUCAUACUGCACUAUCGCUCCUUUUCCCCGCGAUAUCAAGAUGGGGGACAUGUUGGCUUGGUAUAUCGUCAUUUUCCUAGGAUCGGCUGUAUUGACCAGCAUCUCCGUUUACAACUCCGAAUUCAUCAGCAACCCGACCGCAUCGUUCCUGGUACACCUCACAACUAGCAUCAUCCUCUACUUCACUUCCCUCACCUGCCUCUCCCUUACCGCCAUCGAAGACUGGAGACUCCAAGCUCGCCUGGAGCGAAAAAGGGGCCGCGGCCUCGAGCCCUUUCGGUUUUUCCCCAAAGAGCAUGCAAUUUUCGUAACGCGUGGGACAGGCCUGGCGGCGGGCGCCUACGUCAUGGCGCUCCCGCUGCUAAUGCCGACGGACGACGUGAUUGCACAGGUCUGCCUGCGCAUACCGACCUUCUUCUAUGCGUGCAAGUGCUGGGACCUGACAAUCGUGCGAGCGAGAAAGCCACCUGUUCCGCGGAAUGGGAAAGACGCGGUGAUUUAUGGGCUGACGAGCUGGAGACCUGUUGCUUCCUAUGUCUGGCGGCUUGCCUCGGAGACUAGAUAUGCCUCUUUCGACAUUGCCGUAGACGAGUCGAAGCGAAAGGGUAUUCCAAAGAGCGCGGCCUGGAGUUAUGGUCCUCUACUCGUUAUCCCUCUGACAUAUCUAUUUCCUGUCACGGAGCUCAAGGUCAUGUGUGGCCUACUUGCGAUCCAGUACGGUCUAGAGGGCAUCCACUUCAUCUUUCAUCCCCGCUGCCCUAAUGAGCUCUUCUUCCAGCCAUGGGCAGCAGAGAGCUUUUCCAGCUUCUGGGCCAUUCAUUGGCACCACGGGGCACAACCAUUUCUUCAACAUCUAGGAUACGUUCCCGCCAGAGCCCUUUUCACGCGUCUAUUUGGACAAGAUGCCGGAAAAGCCGCUGGUGUACUCGCGGCUUUCAGUCUCAGUGGGGUAUGGCACGCCUGGUGCGGAGUCGUUCUGACUCUGGACGAGUAUGCCUGGACACAGGCUAUGGGCCUGUGGGGGGUAUUCAUGGUGCAAGGUGUGGGGUGCUUGGUCGAGCGCGGGCUCCUCAGGAGUGAGAGCUGGAGGACGGGGCGGAGGAAACAAGUUUUGACUGCCUUGUGUUGGAUGUGUUCAGUAGAGUCUGCAGCUAUUUGGUUGAGGUACGGGGAAGCGCGAGCAAAGAGACCCCAGGGCUGGACUACAUUGUAGAGAGAAUGAGGCCAAGGGAUAUUAGAGGACAGCCUUAAAACGAUAGAGGGCAGCCAUGGAGACGAAGAAAGGCAUGUGCCGUUCCCGAGAACAGCCUGUAUGGGGAGCUUUACCCCCAGGGCCAAGGCAGCGAGAGCUCUGGCCCGAAGAUGUGAUAGAACAUAGAUCAUUGAAGGAAAUGUUUUGGGACUUCAAUGUCUGCUGAGCGGAAACAGAAUCUGUCACUGAGCCGCUUCUUGACCCUGGUAACUGCGUGUCCAAUGAUACUGUGGCGUGGCCUGGCGCCCGCAUCCUGUAC